AUGGAAAUAUCUGUUGAAAAUAAGCUAAUUAACCUCCGGUUUUUUUCUGAUGAUUCUAGACAAGAUCAGAUUGGGAAGGAUUAUUUUAAUUACAUCAGAGAACGAAUUGAUAUAGUACUUCAAAAAAUCAACGUGUUAAAAGUAGAAUACUCUAACACAGAAAAAGUAGAUGAAAAGUUUUUAUUCAUUGCAAAGUUUAUUGCACAAAAUAUUCAUAUAUUAAAGAGGCAGUGUAAAUCCACCUACAUUAGACUGCCUUGGGAAGAAAUGGAGUUUUGCUUAGUUAGUUUUAUUUUUUCUUUCACAAAGCUGCAAGAAAUAAAUCUAUUUUACCAGAUUACUUUAAAUAAAGACAAGAUAUUAAAGCACUUAGGAAAUUUUGCAAAGGAGCUUGAAAAUGAAAAGGACACUUUAGAAGGUUUGGACAUUGGUAAACUUAAUGAUCUUCCAAAACUAAAACGUAAGGCAGUUGUUUCAAAAAUCAUUAGCAAUUACCCUCCGUUUGAAGAAUUGUAUAAUGAUUAUCAACAAAUUAGAGAUAUUUAUUCCUUAGAAAAAAUAAAUGAUUACAUAAAGUUGGCGUCAUCAGCUAAUCCCAAAGGAAAAGAAGGACAGAUAAUUAUUACAAGAGUUUUGCAAGUUAUUGGUGAAUAUUUAAAAAACACUCUAGAGUCUCCUAAAUUAUCUACCACUACAAGUGAGCUUCUUCUACUCUCAUUGCCAAAGAAUACAAGAGAAGUUGUUUCAGAUUUACGUAAUUCUCUAUCACACGCUAAUUCACUCUCUAAGAGAACAGAGAUUGAAGAAAAUACAGAUGUUAAUUUUUUUAUUGGUGUUCAAAAUGACACUAAGAAAGUUGGUGAUGUGAUUACUAAUAUUCUUUAUGAGAACAAAAUUAAAACAAUUAAAGUGUUAUUUAAAAAAAUUGUUAAUAGUGAGAAUUUAGAAGGGAUAAAAGAAGUGACUGAAGCACUUAGUAAUACUGAAUUAGACAGAGUAAUCCCAACAAAUUUUGUAACAAUGGAACAUGAAAAUCUUGAAAAGCUCAUUGCGGAACUAAAUAAUGCUAUAACUGAAAAGACAAUUUGUGAGCAAAAGUUAUUUAAUGAGAUGAAUAAUAUAAUUAAUAGCAUAAAAAAUCAAUCAGAAAAUAUUAGCACCGAUUAUAUGACAGGAUUUGCAUUAUUAAAGAGUUUAUGUUUUGGCUUUAAUGAUACCGUUAUUGAUCACAAUUAUGUUACAGGACUGAAAUUCCACGCUAAUAAAGCAUUGGAAAACAUUCAUAAAACAGAAUCUCACAGUCUUAAAGAAAUUUCUGCUCUAUUAAAGAAAAUUUCUGAUAGUGUUAAAUUAAGAACACAAGAUGAAGACAAUUUUGACAAAGUAAAAAAAAUAAUUUUAAAGAUUUUUGUAACUGUUGAAUUUGGAACAGAUGAAAUCAAAUGGAUUGAGGAAUUAAGGGAAAAGUUAAAUGAAAAAGGUUCUUUCAUUCCUAUACAUAAACAAAGGAAUGCUUGCAAUACAACAGGAAACAAAUAUGACAACCAGCUGUCACUGAAGAUAUCUGAACUGAAAGGUAUUUUAAGGAAUAAUGCAUUAAGUGAUAAAUGUAUUGAAAAACUCACUUCCUAUAAAAGUAAUAAGAAAUUACAAGCAGUAGUAGAAAUGCUAGUUCUAGAUAUUAUGUCAAUUUUGGAUAGCUCAAAAAAGUUUCUAGAAAACAAUCUACUUUUUCUAGACGAUAACACUCCUUUACUAACUGGAAAAUGUUUGCGUAAUCACUUAGCACAUGAUAAUACUUUGGUUGAUUUAUUGUUAUCCAAUUCCUCAAUAGCAGUUAUCUUAAAUGCUAAAAAACUUGCUUCAAUAAAUAUAAUGAAAAGUAAGAAAAAAGUUGGCAAGCUGGUAAGAAAUGAUCCUUCCAAGUUGAAAGAUAAAUAUGAUCAAGGCCUUAUUACUAUUAUUAAUCAAGGAAAAAUGUUUAUGGCAUUGGAAGAAGGAAACCUUAAACUUUUGAAAUUUUAUCUCAAAAAUGGAGCAGACAUCAACGCUCGUAGUAUAAACUUAUCUACAGCAUUACAUUUUGCUGCUAAAGGAUCUAGUCUUGAAACUAUAAAAUUUGUUCUUGAACAAAAUUUAGAUGCAAAUGUUAAGGACAUUACGGGUCAAAGCCCAUUGCAUGUUGCUGCUGCAUAUGGAAGAAAAAAUAUUGUGACAUUUUUUGUGCAAAAAGUGGGUUUACAUGUCGAUGAUUUAGAUAAUUAUUGCAAAACACCACUACACAUAGCCGCGAAAAACGGUCACAUCGAUACUGUUGAAGUUUUAUUGCAAAAUGGAGCAAAUACUAUUGCUCAUGAUUUAAGGGGUCUUUCGCCUGUAUAUUAUGCAAUUAUAAAUCAUCAUCUUAAUGUUGCUAAGAUUCUUCUGCAAAAAGAUGCAAGUGUCAGUAUUAACGAGGCUACAGGUGGCUUUACUCCAUUACAUGAAGCUGCAGAAAGAGGUAACCUCGAGUUAGUUAAUUUCUUACUUCAAAAUGAGGCAGAUGUCAAUGCUAGAAAUGACAGAGAUUGGACAGCAUUACAUGCUGCAGCAUUUAAUGGCCACUUGGAAAUAGUAGAUGCUUUAAUUCUAAAAGGGGCUAAUGUUAGUGCUACUGUCAUAAAUGGUUGUACCUCAUUACAUUAUGCAGUGGAAAGUGGUCAUGAAAAGAUAACUAAAGUUUUAUUGAAACAUGGAGCUAAUGUCGAUGCUGUUGACAAAACCUGCAAUAAUACACCUUUACACUAUGCAGCAAAAUAUGGACAAGAGGAAAUUGUUAAAAUUUUACUGGAAAAUAAGGCCAAUGCUGGAGUUUGCACUGUUACAGGUAUGACUCCAUUGCAUGUUGCAGCAAAGAGUGGUAACCUGGGAAUAUCUAUUCUUCUCCUUGAACAUGGUGUUAACAUUCAUGCAAAAGAUAAAAUUAAUUCUACACCAUUAUUCAUUGCAGCAGAAAGAGAUCAUCAAGACAUUGCUGAACUUCUAAUAAAAAAUGGGGCAGAUAUUAAUUCCAGAGCUUUUAAUGAUCUUACACCUUUACAUAUUACAGCUCUGAAAGGACACAAAAAUAUCAUUGAUUUACUUGUUAGAAAUAAAGUUGAAGUUAAUGCGAAAGACAUAAAUGGUAGAACAGCACUACAUGCAGCUGCCCAGAAUGGUAGUAAAGAUGUCAUUGAUCUCCUGAUAAAAAAUAAAGCUGAAGUCAAUGCUAGAAACAGUGAUGGCAUGACACCAUUACAAUUAGCUGCUCUAAAGGGCCAUGGAGAUGCUAUUGUUUCCCUAAUAAAAAAUAAAGCUGAUGUAAAUACUAAAGCUAAUAAUGGUCUUACACCACUACAUGCAGCUGUUGUAGAAGGCCACAAAGAUGCUGUUUCUCUUUUACUGAAGAACGAAGCUGAAGUUGAUGCAAAAGGUAUUGCAGAUAGUACACCAUUACAUGUAGCUGCUGAAGCAGGCUAUAAAGAAAUUGUUGAGAUUCUGGUUGCCAAUGGAGCUGAUGUAAACAUCAACAGUAGCAAUCUAACACCAUUGCUCUGUGCUAUUAAAUGUAACAUGAAAGAAAUUGUUGAAAUUCUUGUUUCAAAUGGAGCUGAUGUUAAUGCAAUUGGUAACAAACCUAUAGAACUAGCAGUUAUUGCAGGUUUUAAAGAUAUUGUAGAAAUUUUGUUGAAAAACAAAGCUUGCAUUAAUAUGAAAUUUGAUAAAAACUUAACUUUAUUGCAUUUUGCUGCUUCAAGAGGUCACAAAGAGAUAGUUAAUGCCUUAAUAACUGAAGGAGCUCAUGUUGAUGCUCUAGAUAUUGAAAAAACAACACCAUUACAUCUUGCAGCAGCAGAAGGUCAUGUAGAAAUUGUUAAACUUUUGCUGAUGAACGGAGCUGAUGUUAAUGCUGUAAACAUUGAAUGUGCGCCACUUCAUAGAGCUGCAGGAUCUGGCCAUAAAAGUGUUGUUGACAUUCUGUUAAAAUAUGGAGCAAAAAUCAAAAAAGACAAUGAGAACAGAACACCUUUUGAAUUAGCAGUUUCAUAUGGUCAUUUGCAAAUAGUUAAAAUGUUACAGCAACAUGAAAAAGUAGAUAUGAAUGCUCAAGGCAAUGGAGGUUGGACAGUAUUGCACAUUGCUUCACAGGGAAGUAGCUUAGAAAUGGUAAAAUAUCUAGUAGAUGAAGGUUCUAAUGUUAAUGCUAAAAAUGCCUCUGGCUCAAAACCUAUACAUAUUGCUGCCAGAGAAGGCAAAUGGAUUAGUGCGCUUAAAGCAUAUAGAGAAUGUUUUGAUCAGAUAAAAGCUGUUUUUGGACCAAGUCAUCAAAGUGUUUUGGAUAUUAUAAAAAAGACAGAAAUGCUCAAUUUUAUGUUCAAGAUUGAGGGUAGAGAAGAAUUGAAGAAUAUCCUGUAUAAUCAGAAAAAUAUAAAUAUUGCUGCGAGUGAAGGUGAUAUACAAACUGUUGAGCAUCUAUUAAAAAGUGGACUUGAUGUCAAUGUCAAAGAUAAUGAUGGCAGAACUUCAUUACAUUAUGCUGCCAACAAUGGACACUUGAGUAUGGUAAACAUAUUGCUGAAAAACGGAGCUGAUAUUACUCAAGUUACCAAUAAAGGCAAUACACCAUUACACACUGCUACUUCCAAAGGGCCCGAUCAAGCCAAACUGGUGCACAGGUCCUGA